AUGUUAGUUAAGCUUCAAGAAGUUGUUUCCAACCGGUGGCUGCGCCUAUGCCUUGAUUUGGUUUUGUCGGCCAUUUGUCUUGCCCGUUCUCGGCCGGAUGUGGCUUCAUUGGUCUAUCUCAUGAACCGUGAUGUAUUCUCCGUCCUAUCUUUUGGAUUUGCAGACCAAAAUCUGAUUUUAUGGUCGCUUGUGCAGUUUGGUGGACUUGGCUCACGCAGUUUAGGAGUUGGCCGAGAAUUGUUCUCCUUGUACGCGUCAUGGCCGAGAAAAUGUGCCGGACUGAAUUUCUUCAAAUCUGUUCGGGCCAAUUGA